GUGGAGCUGCGUGUGGGUGCGUCGGACGCGGUGAUUCGGCGUCUCCGUGACGACCUGGGCGUGGAGCGCGUGGACCUGGUGGAGCUGCGUGUGGGUGCGUCGGACGCGGUGAUCGGGCGUCUCCGCGACGACCUGGGCGUGGAGCGGGUGGACCUGGUGUUCAUGGACCACUGGAAGCGCUGCUACCUGCCUGACCUGCAGCUCCUCGAGGCCAGCGGGCUCCUGGGCCGCGGCUCGGUGCUGCUGGCCGACAACGUCCUGUUCCCCGGCGCGCCUCACUUCCUGCGCUACGCCCGCGCCUGCGGCCUCUACCGGCUGCGUCUCCACCGCGCCACCCUGGAGUACGCCCACGGCAUCAGGGACGGCAUGGCACAGCUCGAGUACCACGGGGUCAACAUAGACACCUGAGAGGGGCACACACACACACA